AAGUAUGAUUAUUUUUAUUAUUAAAAUAUGUGAAAACUCAAAACUACCUUCUUCGUGAAACAUUGAGAAACAUAUGCACUAUAAGAAUUCACUUGUGAAUACUCAAGACUUGUCUUGGAACAUGUCCAUCUCUAUAUUGACUUGUGCAUUUACUAUCUAAAUCAGAAGAAGCAUAGUUAAUAGAAAAAAUCUUUGAUUUCGUUAUAUAUGUGUUUAAUGACUAAAUUGUUUCUAAAUGAUGUUUUUUCUCUUUAAAGAAGUCACCACCUAAAAAAGCCAAUAUAGUUAGCCCGUUUAAAUUGUUAAUUUCAACACAAUUCUACUCACAAGCUUAUUAUAAAAACUAAUUAUCAUGUUAUCUCUCCUAAAAAUAAUAAUUGUUUUGGCUUAAUAAAAAGUGGUUUAGCGUCUAACCAUAUAGAAACAAAAAUACCAUGAGAUAGCUAUUUGUCUUAGACGGGAGAUUAUUUGAAAACAAUAGUAUUGAAGCAUAACAAAAACGGUAAGACUAUAAACUCGUCUGAUCAGUUUUGUCAUGACUUAAAAACCCAACUAGUUAUUUGUUUUUAAUGUUGUUUGUCUCAUCGGUUUCAGCUUUGUUUUACUUUUGAAAACGGUAAUUGAAUUUAGUAUAAAAGUCAAAAGAUGUUUCUUAACCUUCUUUCCAUUCAAUAUAAAUAGUCAAAGGAUUGUACUAUCUGCUCAUCAAUCAAAACACAGACUCGAUAAAGACUCAUAUAUUUGGAGAAAUCUUUCUACUUCUUUUUUUCUCGUCUCAUAAUGUCUAUUAAAUAUAUUUUUUUCUUUAUGGUGUUUGUCUGUGUUGUAGUUUCUGCCAGUGCUCAACUACCCCAGUUUCCCAUCCCAUUUCCUUUUCCACUCCCAUUCCAACCAAGUCCCGGUAUUCCCGGAUUACCUGAUGUAGCAAAAUGUUGGUCUUCAGUGAUGGAUAUUCCAGGAUGCAUUAUAGAGAUUUACACAUCCAUACUCACAGGACAAUUCGGACAUGUAGGUCCUUCUUGUUGCAAAGCAUUUUUGGAAGCCGAAGCCAAGUGCUUACCGAAACUUCCAUUCAACCCACUUUUUCCUCUCAAAGAACAAUGUUUAAGAAUUGCUAAAGCAGCUCCUCCUACCACAAAAUAGAGUUUUACAUUAAUAGAAGUAAUAGCUAUGUCGUUUUUAUUUUUCAAGGGAUUUUAACAUUUUAGCUAAAUUCUACGACGUUAUCCUCCAAAAAUAUGAUUAUAUAAACAGCAUUUUAGAAAUAAAAAAAUCCUGCAUUUCCUUUUAUAUUAUCCAUGCGGUUCAUGACUGUGAAGAUUCUAAACUAAUCUUACUUAUAAAACAUACUUAAAUUAUACUACAAACUAAAACUAUACAAUUUAAUAUUUGGGAAAGUACAUGGGCUACAUCUACAAAAUAAAUAUAAAAAAGAACAUAAGAGAAUGAUCGAUUUAAGAUCCGAGUUUCAUUUUACAAUAAUCUGAAAGAAGUCUAUUCAUAAUUUUUAUACAAGCUGUAUAAGUUUCCUAUCUUUUUAUGUUUUUUUUUGUUUAAUAAACAUAGCCUUUUUGUGUGUUUUAAUGUAACUUUACUACUUCUGUAUCUACAUAUAUAAAUUUAUUAAAUGUAUAUUAUAUAUUAAAGUAUGAUUAUUUUUAUUAUUAAAAUAUGUGAAAACUCAAAACUAUCUUCUUCGUGAAACAUUGAGAAACAUAUGCAUUAUAAGAAUUCACUUGUGAAUACUCAAGGCUUGUCUUGGAACAUGUCCAUCUCUAUAUUGACUUGUGUAUUUACUAUCUAAAUCAGAAGAAGCAUAGUUAAUAGAAAAAAUCUUUGAUUUUGUUAUAUAUGUGUUUAAUGACUAUAUUGUUUCUAAAUGAUGUUUUUCUCUUUUAAAGAAGUCACCACCUAAAAAAGCCAAUAUAGUUAGCCCGUUUAAAUUGUUAAUUUCAACACAAUUCUACUCACAAGCUUAUUAUAAAAACUAAUUAUCAUAUUAUCUCUCCUAAAAAAUAAUUUCUAUGGCUUAAUAAAAAGUUGUUUAGCGUUUAACCAUAUAGUAAACCAAAAUACCAUUAAGACUCUAGAAAUUGGAAGAUUGCAUGCCCAUGGUUUCAAGAGGGAGAGAGAGAGAGAGACUGUGUGUG